GAAUAUUUAGUAAAUUCAGUAAAAUAAAUUAAUUGCUAUCUGUUAGCCGUGUGUGUGUGUGAUAAAAAUUUUCUACAUGUUAAAUUUGUGUGAAGAAAAAAAACUACAGAAAAUUGUGCACAUAGUGGUACAACAUUUAAAAGUACUAAACAACACGCAUGAUAAUAUGAACAAUUAAUUUAAGGCUCAAAGUUUUAAAGACAUAGGGACUUUAUAUUAUAAAAUAAGUUAAAACAAAAGCAUGUCUCAGUCCUUUAAUAAAAAUCAUACUUUUAAUCAAGCAAAUAUAUCAACAAAAUUUAAUUUGAACGUUUACUGGCCGAACAAUCAACAUCAUGCGGUUUGUGUGGACGGGCACAAUGACACCGUUCAAGAUAUCAUUGAGAAGACGGUGGCUAUGGUGCCCACCGGCCCGAAACCUAAUCCCCAAUAUUAUGCUUUGCGUUUGCAAAAUAUGGUAACAAAAGAAACAUUGUGGAUGAAUAAGACGACUAAAAUAGAAAAACUACUUGAACACAUAUGGAAUUCAGCCUGUCCGAAUACGGAAUGCCCGCAGCAAAAGUCACAAAAUACGCCACCAACCCUAAACGUUAACGACAAACUAAGCGUUUGGAGACCCGAACUACGAAUACGUUACUUGCCACACAGCCUCAGAGAACUUUAUAAUGAAGAUAAAAUCACAUGUUAUUUUUAUUUCGAUCAGGUGAAGCAAGAUUUUAUACAAUCAAAUUCAAGCAGUAUAGAUUUUGAUAGUGCAAUACAACUUUGCUGUCUGAGUAUGUUGCACUAUUUUCGUAAUGUGACGCGUCCAAUACCAGAUAAGAAGCAACAACAUGUCGAGCAUAUUGACAAGGAAGUAGGCUUUCAUCAUUUCCUACCAAAAACUGUGAUAUCUUCAACAAAGCCAAAGAAUCUGAAAAAAGUGAUACAUACAACAUAUAAAAAGAUGUACCAACUAACAGAUGUCGAAUAUAUAACAAAGUAUUUUGACAUUCUCAACAAGUUCUAUGAGACAGAAUAUGAAAAGUUUUCCGUUACUUUGAGUUCGUCGUGGAACAUAUCGGGUUAUCUUUAUGUUGGACCUAAAAUAGGUCUUUCAUAUCAAACACAUCCGCAAGCAAAUAUGAUACAGGUGGCCACCUUUAAAGACAUAAAUCGAAUAACGACAUUAUUUUUGCCCAAAGAUGAUUUACAUUCCAAUAACGAAACGAGCCCCAAGCCAGUAGUACCUACUAAUGACGAUGGCACACAAUUAUCUAAAACCUGCAGGUGCCGCGAAAUGAAAACCCAAGUCCGAAUUACAACCAGUAGUAAUGAUGAAGAUUUAGUUAUAACAUGCAACGGUUACAAUACGGCUACCAGCAUAGCUGAUCUUAUUGAAGGCUAUUGUCUUUUAAUAAGCAAAAAUCAAGUUUGCACUCUUUGGAAUCCUUUGAGUCAUCAGAGAAAUGAUAAAACUAAUGAUCUUACAAUUCCUAUAUCGACCCUGCAAAUCAGCAAUGGUGAACAAGUGAACGAUAAAACGGAUGAAAACUCAAAGCCAAAAUUGAGUGAAGACUAUGCCGAGCUGGGUCUGGUAGAUGAAGAAGGCGACUAUUCCACUCCAGCAGUACGUAAUUAUGAAUUAGAUAGAUCGGAAAUAUCUCUUAAGAAUACAAUUGGCGUGGGACAAUUCGGCGAUGUUUACAUAGGAUCCUAUAAUACCAAAGUUAAAUGUGGUGCUAAAGGUGACAAAAACGAUUCAACGAAUUCAGCUGUAAUACAAGUAGCGGUUAAAACCUGCAAAGCCAACGAUGAUCCUGAAAAAAUGGAAAGGUUUCUUGAAGAAGCUUAUGUAAUGCAGAAAUUUGAUCAUCCCCACAUAAUACGACUAAUUGGUAUUUGUAGUGAAUCUCCAGUUUGGAUUGUUAUGGAAUUGGCGGAAUACGGAGAACUUAGAGCGUAUCUAAAGUCAAAUGCUGAAAAGCUGAGGAGGGAAACCUUACUGCUGUACUGUUAUCAACUAUCGACUGCUCUAAGUUACUUGGAAUCAAAGAAAUUCGUACACAGAGAUAUAGCAGCUCGUAAUGUUUUAGUUAGUUCGCCCACUUGUAUAAAGUUGGCCGAUUUUGGUUUAUCCCGCUGGGUGUCAGAGCAAUCGUACUAUCAUUCCAGUAUGUGUAUGUUACCCAUCAAAUGGAUGGCACCAGAGUCAAUUAAUUUUCGACGUUUUACCAUAGCCAGUGACGUUUGGAUGUUUGGUGUCUGUGCUUGGGAAAUUCUAAUGUUGGGUGUAAAACCCUUUCAGGGUAUUAAAAACAGCGAUAUUAUAACAAAAUUAGAGAAUGGUGAAAGACUACCCUUUCCCAACAAUUGUCCACCCCGAUUGUAUUCAUUGCUUUCACAGUGUUGGACUUAUGAACCGUCCAAACGACCGAAUUUCAAAAGAAUUAAAGAAACUUUAUACGAAAUUCUAAUAGAAGAACGAGCCAGUGGUUUCGAUAGUAUGAACAAGGAAAAUGCUCGUGUUUUAUCCAUGAUUAUGAGUAAUAAUGAAGAUGGUGAAUUGCCACCCACAAAACCCUCCAAGAUACCACAAAGCCUGGGUGGAGGAGACAAUAAUAAGCUGACAAAUGACAAAACUACUGCCCUCAGUCCUCAAACGUAUAUAAUAGCACAAAAUCCCGAAGUGUUAGCCCGUUUAUUGAAGGAAAAUGAGAAUCGUUGUAUUAAUCCAGCAGCUUAUACAACACCAGCCUCGGUAUUUAACAGUUUAGCGGUUGAUGUAGAUACUACUAAGACAAUUAACAAUGAUUUAGCUCUAAAAACGACAAAACUUCCCGUAUCGGAAUUUCUUAAGUUAGACAACACUAUAACUAGGGAUGAAAAGGCCACGGUCUUACAAAGACUUCAACAGGACAAGAUUAAUAUAAAUUUAAAUGAAACGAAAAUGUCACAAAUGCCACUACAAUCGCAAGCUCAAGCUCAAGUUCAUACUCAAAUACCAUCAACUAUUCCAAAUCAAAUGAUGGCCAAGGGUUCAGCUAAUCAUGCCUGUCCCGUUCCGCAAUACAUGCGUCAAAGUGAUAAUACACAUUUAGGUUCUAUAGAUCCACGUUUUACCGCACAUCAGUUUUCUUAUAGUGAUAGUACCGAUUUUGAAGGUUCUCUUCAAUCUUUGCCCUCGGGCCGAUCUCCUUGUUUAGUAGGUAACGAAGAUAGAACACAGGUUAUUUACGACUUUGGUCGAAAUACUCCAGUCAAUAGACAAGUGGGUAGUGUUUGCGGCAGCCUCGAACGUAAUGUUAUCGCACCACAUUUUAAUAAAAGCAGCGGCAGUCGUUCCAUAGGUGGUUCAUUAGAACGUAACAAAUCGUUUAUUAAUCCGGUUAAUCCUCCACGUAAAUGCGUCCCUCGUAGUGCUAGUCUGGAACGAUCUGUUUACAACAGAGACUUUCCGAAAUCUUAUUCACGCUCUGGCAGCUUAGAAGCCUAUUCGUCGUUUUUAGCAUUUAAAAAUCACAUGAAGAAUUCUCCCGACUACAAAGCCUUCGAAGAAGAAAUAUAUGAUGUUUGUCCAGCGACAAAUUUGAAAUGUUGUCCAACUACAGGCCAAACAUAUAUACCGAUGACUCCCGGUUGUGGCUUUGUUUAUCCCAAUAACGAUCAAAGAAUAAUGAUACAAAGUAUGAAUGCCAACAUUCCCAUUGAUCAGCCGCCUCCCCACCAAGAGAGAGUCCAAGAAAUGGAUUCUUCUGGAAAAGCAUUUUGUUCUGAAGUGAAUAAUAGUAAAGCUAUGAUACAAAUGAUGGCGGAGAAAAACCGCAAAACUUCCGUUGGUCAUGACAUGGAAACGCCACAUUAUCCCUUUGGUUUGGUAAAUAAUUCAGCUUGUGAUAACAUUUCGACUAAUAGUUCUUACUGCUUGGCGGAAAAUCAAAGCUACAACUCCCCUUCGAAUACAAAAUUGAACACACAAAGCGUAGGCAACCAGUCUGCAUCUUAUUCGAACGCAGCAGAUACAUCUGCUUCAUCCAGCCGGCAAUCAACUGAGGCACAAAAAAAUAAUCUUCGACCUAAUUUGAAUCGUAAUAGAGACGAUGUCUAUUUAGCGACCAAAAAUGUGGUGAAGGCCAUCAUAACGCUGUCACAGGUGGUGGGAGAGAAUAAAGGCAACAACUACUUGGAACUAGUUAAAGACAUUGGUUUUGAAUUAAGAAAACUGUUGCAAUCAGUUGAUCAUAUAUCGCCUUUAAUACCAGCCGAGGCAUAUAAGGAAGUCGAAAUGGCACAUAAAGUAUUACCUAAAGACAUGCACGAAUUGGUGGCAGCUAUGAAACUAGCCCAACAAUACAGUGAUACCACUUUAGAUGUAGAAUAUAAAAAAAGCAUGCUUUCGGCAGCCCAUGUACUAGCGAUGGAUGCAAAAAACCUAUUAGAUGUGGUAGAUGUUAUACGACAGAGAUAUGAAUCCGUAUUUGGUGAAUAUUUCGAACAAAAUGAUUCCUCAUCGACCACUACAACCAGUAAUACUCCCAUUGGUGAAUUAAUGAAUGAGGAUGGCUAUCAAAUAAUGCAAAAUCAUCCCAUGGAACCCUUUUACUUAAACAGUGCUGAAGCUCACAAUAUUGUAGUUAAUCAAAAUCUAGUCCACAAACCUGAUAACUUUCAUAACGCAAGAAGAAAUUCAACAUUCAAUGCUGACCUAGUAGGCGUGUCGAAUUUUACUAAUGAACAACAACAACAACAACAUCAAGCAUUAAAAAUAAUUGAAGAUACUAAUGAUUCAAAGACUCUUAAAUUAUAAUUAUAAUUAAUUAAAAAUAACCAUUGACCACUAUGUUAAUAGUGUAAUAAUAAUAAUAAUAAUAAAUUAAUAACUAUAAUAAUAAUACAUUUUUCAUAUUACAUAAAAAAUAAAA